GGGUGAAAUUAAUCAACUUUCUGGUGCCAUGUUGGUCUGCCAGAAGUUUAGGAUCCCGUGUACUGUACCAACCUGCAUACUUCAUGAGUAGUAAGAGUGCAGUGUCUCCAGCCAUUAGCAAUGAAGACAGCAAAUCUCACCCUGUUCUGGAAGAGCUACGGAUGCCGUUCUCUCGUUCUAUGAUAGGAAGCUUUUUCCAGGAGCAGCCCAAGCUGGGUAACCAGUUCCUUGAGGAUGCCCUUCUCCAGAGUUACUUGAGGAAACAUCUUCCUCCACUGGUUCUUGAGCAAGCAAGCCGUGAUCUUGAGCGGUUUGGACAACGCAUAGUGGAAGAGAUUAAUUCUCUUGGACGAGAAUGUGAAUUAACCUACCUACCACAACUGCAGCAGUAUGAUGCCUGGGGCUGCAGGAUCGAUCGCAUCAUCACCUGCCCAGCCUGGAAAAGAAUGAAAGAGCUUUCUGCAGAAGAGGGCUUGAUAGCAGAAGCCUAUGAAAGGAAAUACUCUAGUUGGAGCCGCUUGAUCCAGGUUGUGAAGCUCUACCUGUAUUCACCAUCCUCAGGCUUGUUUACAUGCCCUCUAGCUAUGACAGAUGGUGCUGCCAAGGUUAUAGAGACUCUAGGUAGCCCAGUUGCUCUUCAGGAUGCCUUCAAACACCUUACCUCUCGAGAUCCAAACCAAUUUUGGACUUCAGGACAAUGGAUGACAGAACGCAAAGGAGGAUCAGAUGUGGCUCAUGGUACAGAGACGAUGGCCUAUCCAAAACCAGAUGGAACCUACACACUGCAUGGCUACAAAUGGUUUACAUCAGCCACAGAUUCUGAUAUGUCUUUGACUCUAGGAAGAAUGGUUGAUGAACAAGGACAUAUAAUACAAGGCACUAAAGGACUGUCCCUUUUCUACCUGGAAGUACGAGAUUCAAAGGGACAAUUAAAUGGAAUAGAAGUUCAGAGGCUAAAAGAUAAAUUGGGCACCCGGCAGGUUCCAACAGCAGAGCUAUUAUUGGAUGGUGUAAAGGCUAUGCGGAUUUCUCCUGAAGGCCGUGGUGUGGCUUCAAUUUCCAGUAUGCUGAGCAUCACUCGGAUUCAUAACGCCAUUUUUUCAGCAGCUUCAAUGAGAAGAAUAAUCAACUUGGCACGAGAAUAUGCAUCAAAGCGAUUUGUGUUUGGCAAGCUGAUAAAGGACCAUCCACUUCAUAUACAGACUAUGGCACGGAUGGAGGUAGAGGCACGUGGUGCAUUUCUUCUCUUAAUGGAAGUUGCACGCUUGUUAGGAUUGGAAGAAACAAACAUGGCAACAGAGCAGGACCAACAUCUCCUCCGGCUGCUGACUCCCAUUGCCAAAUUAUACACUGGGAAACAGGCUGUUGCUGUUGUAUCAGAGGGACUUGAAUGUUUUGGAGGACAGGGCUACAUGGAGGACACUGGUUUACCAGCUAUGCUGAGAGAUGCACAGGUGUUGACAAUUUGGGAAGGGACAACUAACAUCCUAUCAUUAGAUAUUCUCCGGUCAGUAAUCAAGAGUCAGGGUCAGGUACUUAGUGCUUUCUUCUCAGCUGUUCAGGAGAAUCUAGAAGCCUCAUCUAAUGUACCCGAACUGUCACAGCCUACUGCAAGGUUAUUGCAAGCUCUGCAGCAUCUGAAAGACUUUACUCAAUCAGCAGGAACAAAAGGAAGCAACUUUAUGGAAUUGGCUGCACGGGAUUUUGCCUACAGUCUAGCCAAGAUCUUCAUUGGUUCUCUCUUAGUAGAACAUGCAGCCUGGGCUGGAGCCACAGACACUUCCAUAUAUUGUGCUCAAAGGUGGAGCGAACAAGAUCUGUGUCCUGUGAACAAGGCCGAAGUAUCUGGGUGCUACAGUUCAGAAACCGCAUCCAUGGACAGACAGCUGGUGUAUGAAAAAAGCCCUUUGUUGAUGGGGAAGCAGUAG